CUCACCUACACGAGAGACCAAGCGGCCGCGCUGGCUGGAGGCGUCGAGGCCCAACGAGCCCCGGCCGGGGCUCCCCCACAGCAGCCCCUGGGGCCRGCACCGGCUCGGGCACGCCGGGACAAACAGAAGGGAUUGAAGGGAAGUGCGAUGCCGCUGGCCAUUCCGCGGGGUUGUCGGGAUUACUUUCGCCUUCCCGUUUCCCCGCCCGCAGCGCGGGGCCGAGCGGAGCCGCCGGCGGGCCCGGAGAGAGGAGCGGGCGGCGCCGCGCUGGGGCGGAAGUGUCGGAGCCGAGGCCGGCGGUGAGGAGGGUGCUGAAGAUGGCAGGCAGCUCGGCUCCUUGGAUUGGCAGUGCUUAUCUCUUCCUCCAGUCAAAGUGCAAGACCAUCACUCUGCCGUCCCUCUACGAGAGCUCCCAGAAGACUUUUGUGUUCAAGGCCCUGAAGAUGGCAUUAGCAGACUCCACCGGCAGCGAGAAUGGUGUGCACAUGCUCAAAGUGCACUGCAGCCACCCACACCUGAUAGUCCAGCUCAAGUUCUGCAAGCAGGAGAACUGUCGCCGGUUCCUGCGGAGUUACCGGGAAGGAGCACUCCAGAAAUCCCUCCAGAGUCGCCUCCAGCUCUACUUGGCCACGACCAYGGUGCCUCUUGAAGUGGAGCUGAAGGCUGGCAGUGAGCACCUUGACAAGAUUCUGAAAGAUGAGGAUCAUUGUCUGGAGUGCAUAUACAGAGAAAAGCCUGACCGCCUGCCAGAUGAGGAGAUCACGGAGCUGGAGGAARGCCUCAAGAGCCUGAAGCUUCACCAGAGCACCAACAACGUGGCUGUAAAAGACUGCUCAUCUCUAAAGUGCUUAUCUCUGCCUUAUCCUCCUCAAGGCAGCUCCCUUCCCCCACAAGUCACAUUCAUCUUUCAGGGACAACAGUUUGACAACAGAACCAUCACACCAGAUGAUCACCAGAAGUUUGCCAAGUCCGUGUCCAAGAAGUGGAAGCAAGUGGGUCGCUCUCUGCAGAAAUCCUGCCGGGCCCUGCGCGACCCCGUCAUUGACAACCUGGCUCUGGAGUACGACCGAGAGGGACUCUAUGAACAGGCCUAUCARAUGCUCCUCAGGUUCAUCCAGUCAGAGGGGAAGAAGGCCACGAUAGCACGGCUGAUUGCAGCCCUGGAAGAAAACAGUCUYAUCAGCUUGGCUGAGGAGCUUUUGGGCCUCCAUUCCAAUGAGGACUGCUCCUAGAGCCCAAGGACAGUGCCAUUGCUAAGGGCUUUCCUGCUUUAGCUACUGUAUGAAACUGCUGCCAGUGUCUGGGAAUGUAAAGUCCUGAAAAUCACCACGGGUUUCCAUCCAGAUGGGAAUGCUCAGGGAAGAGGUUCUGUGUUUGCAGAAGUCAGCAUGGACCUCUGACUUUGCUUAUUUCAUUGUGUUUCCAGAAAUCAGCACUACCUUCCUAUGAAGUGGUGAGAGGGGCUUUCACCCUGACUUCCUUCAGGACUGUGACAGGGAAGCAGCC